CAAAUACAAAAAUGGGGGCAUUAACCAAUGAUUCUACCGCGGGGAAGAGAAUCCGUCACUUUGUUGGCGUCGAAAGCUCUAAACAGCUCGCCUUUAUCGAUGACCUCCACAGACUCGGCUUGAGUCGUACGGUCGACCUCCCUGAACUCAUCGUUGUAGGCGACCAGAAUACCGGCAAAAGCUCCGUCCUCCAGGCCAUCACAGAAAUCUCAUUCCCCGUUGAGUCGGCAUUAUGUACUCGUUUUCCGAUCAAAAUCUCCUUCCGGCAAACCCCUGGAACGUCGACCUCUGUCCAAGCGGAGAUCCUUCCUGGCCCCAAGACUCAGGAUGACGACGUAUUUAUGGAGAGGAUAAAGAAUUUUCGGUUCACGAGUGACGAACUUAGUGCAAGUGUUAUGAAUCAGAUUAUCAAAGAGGCAACUGACCGAAUUUUCGGUGACGACAAUGGAGCAGGACAAACCUUGAGCGAUGCGAUUCUCCGAAUUGAACGAUCCGGCCCACAUGAGAUGCAUUGGACUAUUAUUGAUCUCCCAGGCUUAGUGCAAAAUCGAGGGGAAUCAUCGCUAGCCUCGAAGAAAACUGUAACAAAUGCUAAGCAAGGCAAUCACACGGAUAACGCAAAGAUAGCGAAGGAUCUGGUGCGUUCAUUUCUUGAAAAUGAGCGAAACAUUGUGCUAUGGGUAGUGGAUGACACAGAUAUAGAAAGACACAAGACUCUGGAGCUGUUCGAAGAGAUUCCCGGAUUACAAAGUCGGACUAUAGGUGUUCUGACCAAGUGUGACCGCAAACAAGAAACAUCCGAUAACUGGAUGGUAAAACUGCUUCGAAACGAGCCGUCGACCAAAAACCACCUUGAACAAGGCUGGUUUGGUCUUCGAAACAGGAAGCCUAUAGAAGCAAAUAUCAGUGAUGAAGAACGCGACCAAAAUGAGGCUGAUCUGUUUGAAAAGCCCGAAUGGGCAGGGAUUCGCAAAAGUCAGACUGGUAUCAGGGCACUUAUGGAUCACAUUGACAAGGAGCGGCGAUCUCGCAUCCAGGAAAGUAUGCCCAAGAUCAUCGGGGAAAUACGAGAUAAUCUGCGUAAUUGCGAGGCUGAGCUCGAAAAGCUCGGGGAGGUGCGCGAUAGUACGGCUGCACAACGAUAUUACGCGUUCCAAUUCUGCACUGAACUGCAGAAGUUGGCAGAUUCGGCCCUACGCGCUCGUUAUCAAGAUAUUCCAUCAGAUAAUCCCAGCAUCAUGCUUCGUUUUCGAGUCAAUCAAAGAUUGGAGCGUUUCCAAAGAGACAUUACAGACCCUGAGAAGAUCGAGCUCGGUUUGCAGUUUAUACCGAUCGAUAGAGCCCUUAACGUAUUAUCCGACCAGAGUCUCGAUCCUGAGAACUGGGUGGAGUCCAUAUCAAAGAGUGAAUCUGCAAAUAUUUAUCAAAAAAUCUACAAUGAAUCGAAGGUAUGUCAGGGGUCAAACCUGCCUGGAACUAUCAGUCCCGAAGUCGAGGAGAAGAUUUUUCGGAAACAGUCGGCUCACUGGAGAGACAUCGCCUUCGAUUUGGUCAAUGAUAUCAAAGCCCUGGUAGAGGAAUGCCACGACGUUUUUCUCAGGACAGCUAUACCGGAUAGCAGAACUCGUGGCGAGGUGAUGGCGAUGAUUUCCAAAGCACAGGAAGCCUGGAAUGCAGAGGUUGAUGCUGCGUUGGGAGAACUGAUUGAUGAUCAACAAAAGAGACCUUUGAUGACAUUUCAGCCAUAUCUUCUACGUGAAUAUCAGAGAUUCGAUCGCCAUCUGUGGAGACAAGUCGAGCAGAGCAGGAGAAAUGCAAAGGCAAGGAGAACCCCGGGGCAAUCAGAGGCAGACGGCAUAGAGGACAGGGUCGGCUCCGAUGAUGGCAGAGCCCAGAUGUCCCUUGAACUGAGCCAGAUAUUCCAUGUUCGAAAACGAUUGGAGGUCUAUUAUGAGAUUGCCAUGAACCGAUUCGUCGACAACGUGGCAAUGCAAGUGGUAGAAAGACAUGUCUUGGGUCCAAACUGUCCCCUGCUUACAGUCUCCACGAAGCUUUUGGCAAAUUUGAGUGACGAGGAUCUCCACAGAAUUGCUGGGGAAGAUGAAUCGGUCACUCGUCUGCGCGCGAGACUUAACAAGGACCGGUCCAGUUACAAGCAAGCAUUGGCGCAAUGGGAUCAAGUCCGGUAUUUUUAGCCCUAUCUGAUGUCUAGAAAGUUGUAUACAUGAAGAGUUGGUUAUUUGUGAUAUUUAUUGACUCAUGCUCUGCUUACAUCAUUUGUAACUACUUUCAAGUGAUCUAUUAUAUGCUUACAGAAAUG